AUGGCCGAAAAUCGCGACAUCGCAUUUUGCGCCCAAGGUUGGGCCUACGACACAGGCAAAGUUGACAGACCAAAGAGGCGAGUCAUUCGAAUCCGCAGGGCUCACGACAGUAGGAAAGCCAAGGAUAUUCUCAGUCUCAAAGACACAACCGACGCUGGCCUUGUCAUCAGCCCCAAAGAAGAUGACAUUGAAGGUGUAGAACACGGCUUGUUGGCUGUCAUCGUUGGCGAGCUUUUACCACAUGACAUAUCCGACCACAAGCAGUUUUCCAAACCUAUAUCUCUACAUAGCUUUGACCCUAACGCCCAUACUCUUAUUGAGACUUGGCCGCCGACUCGUUUAGUUGCCAUCAGGCACAACGUCAAUGCCUUUUGUUCCGAGUUUCGAGGAGAGGCACAGGAGGAGCCUCCUCAACAGACUCAGUCAUCUCCUCUGGCUGGCCAGGGCAACCAUGACCAGAACUACGAGAGUUCCACAUCGGAGAGGGUGGUUUCUUUCAUCAGCACGGUUGUUUCAGCAUACAAGACUUUCUCGAGCAAGACCUACCUCCAACAGGUGAUAGACCGCUUCAGACUAUCGGAACAGACUCAUCUCGAGAGCUUGUCGACUCCCGGAGAGGCUAGCAUGGACGUCAUCCGCAACAUGAUGGAAGGAAAAGGGGUUCUCGAUAGUGCUCAAGCAGACAGUGUUGUCUGUGCGUUCAAGGAACUCUGGCCACGCCAGUUUGAGGUGGUUGGGGAAGACAUAAUCAACAUCAGCACUGUCAUUGAGCUGACCAGGGGCCUUUGUGCGAUCUUGGCAUCAGGGACUGUCAUCCACGAGUCUCUAUACCUUGGCGUCAUCGUCUCGUUUUGCACCAUGUUUUCCAACUCGCACAUCGCUGACGCAGGCGAGGCAGAAUAUCACGGCAACCUGAUUAAAUCAGCAAUCAGGAUUACUCGAGGAAGCGCACCAGACACCAUGACUCAUUUACUGGCCUGGAUGGAGGGUGGUAGGCGGGUGCUUUCCCAUGGAGGUCUCCCCAGGCAGCUACACACAGUGGUUCAACUGGCCAAUGUUGUCCUUGGUACCCAGAACCAGGAGGCUAUCGUGACAGCUCUGGGGCAGGUGAAGCGGCUGGUUCUCAAGUCCGCUUUUGAGUUGGUUUACAGAGUUCUCAAUCCAAUGGACGACAAUGAUGAGAGUUUUGAAGAAGUCCUGCAAGCAGCAGUUUAUGUCGUGGCAACCGAUGUGGUCGAAAAGCUUGCGACAGAGGCUGACCAUGAAUCUGACGCCAUGGAAGCUCAGCCAACGCUACCUGGACUCCAUGCCAAUUUGUUGAAGCUUGCAGACAAAGUCUGUGACCUCUACCAUGCUCUCGGCUCAGGGAAAGAAGAUUGCGCCAGGGAGGCUGCUUGUGAGGCUGUCAGGGACUACGUGGAGAAGAAGCACGGCGAGGACUUCCUUGGUCCGUCCUUUACCGUGGGGCUUCCGUCAAACCUGGGCAGAAAAGAUGUCGCACUUAUUCGAUACAUGCGACUGGUUCUCGAGAAGGAGCGCGAUAUUCCUUGGAGUCAGGACCUGGAUAAGGAACUGGAAUGGGCGAGCAGAGUGGAUUGGAAGCAGUGA